AUGAACAAUUUUAAGGACAAAAAGAAGACUAAUGUUAAAAAAAAUUUUAGUUUUACAAAAAGAAAUCUCACGUGCGUUGAGUACGAAAAAUGUUACAUUAUCGAAUUAUUAUAACUUUCAUCUUCGUUACCGUUGGAAAUACAUUCAAUUUUAGAAUGGAUGGCCAAUGCGCUACCUUUUUUGAGAAUCGAAGAAGAGCCGUUGCCCGAAGAUGUACCGCCGCCUUCGAAACAUGCUGGUAUUUUUGAUGGCAAACAGAAUCGCGUAGAAAUCGCCGAAAGAUUGAACAAAUGGACGACCGAAGAGGACAACAAUAUCUGGGAACUCAGUGGUCUGUACGAAGGUGAUAUAAUGAGAGUCGAAACAACUGACAAAAACGGUCUUUUGGAUGAGGACGCCAAAUGGCCCGAUGCCGUUGUGCCCUACCACAUCGAAAAAGACGAUUUCACUAAAGACCAGAUCAAGCAGAUCAAGCAGGCUUUGGAUACAUACCAUAACAGGACCUGCAUCCGCUUUCGUCCGUACAAAAAGGGCGACAAAGAUUACGUGAAGGUGCGGGGCGACGGCUCGGGCUGCUGGUCCUACGUAGGAAAACAUGGCUCGGGUCAGGUGGUAAAUUUCCAAAAUCCAGGCUGUCUCCGCCAGGGAACUAUCCUGCACGAGUUCCUCCACGCCCUUGGCUUUUACCAUCAGCAGAGCGCUGCCGAUCGCGACAAGUGGGUCGUGAUACAGUGGGAAAACAUAACACCCGGUAGGGAGCACAACUUUGAUAAGUACGACAACGAUACGGUCUCGGAUUUUGGAAUUGGCUAUGAUUACGGCAGUGUCAUGCACUACAGUUCGACGGCCUUUUCAAAGAACGGCAAUAAGACUAUCGUGCCAAAGAUGGGAAAUGUGACUCUUGGCCAAAGGAGUGGUUUUAGUGAGAAGGACAUUAUGAAACUCAAUCGCAUGUACAAAGCGGAGUGCGAAACUCGCGAGAAAAAAGAAAAGGAGGAAAAAGAAACAAAUGGAAAUAACAAUGGUGCCACGGAUUGGAUUGCAUCUAUUUGGCCUUUCAGUACCUUGUAG